AUGGAUUCAGUAAAACCUAAAACAUGUACUGAUGCAUUAACACCAAGUGAUGUUAUAUCUUCCAAUCAACCAGCCUACUUUAUUGUUCAUGCUAUAGGUGAAACAACUCUAUCUAAACGUUUUCCUUAUUUGAUUCAAAAAUUGCUUAAACCGACCAUUGGGAAUCAUAAAAAAUUAAAAAAAUUGAGGUCAGCAGAUUUACUUGUACAAGCAGUCUCCUGUCAACAGUCAGCAAAGCUUCUGAAAAUGAAGUCUCUAGGAAACAUAAUGGUAACCAUCAUACCUCACACAAAUUUGAACUUAUCACGUGGUGUGAUAUCUGAGUUUGAUCUGAUGUCUGAGGAUGAAUCAGAUAUUUCAAUUGGUCUCUCAGACCAAGGUGUCACUGCUGUUCGACAAAUUUCGAUUUGUCGAAAUGGCAAGUUGAUACCAACAAAACACCUUAUAUUGACUUUCAACAAACCAAUAUUGCCAUCUUCUGUUGCGGCAGGAUAUUUCAGUUGCCCACUUAGCUCGUACAUUUCAAAUCCACUGUGUUGCUUUAAAUGUCAGCGGUUUGGACACUCCCAAACAUCAUGCAGAGGAAAAAAGCAUGUGCACAGUGUGAAAUUGAAGACCAUGAGAGUACUGAAUGCACAAGUUUUUCAUGCUGUGUAA